AUGCCCCUUGAGUUGUCCCCACUUGCAGAUUUGCUCUUGGCGAGGUCUGUUGUCGUAGCGCUUAUUGGCAGCCUCUGCUUGUGGGCUUUGAGCACGUGCUUCGUGAAUGCCCCGGCCACCGAACGCGAGACGUCGGUGGCCAUGAGGGCUGGGUAUUUCCCGGUCGGCAACGCGAAGCAGACAGCCCCUUAUGGCGAGCGCGAUCCUCUGCCCAAGGGCUAUGGCAUCCGCACGGGGCUUUCGGACCUGUUGAAGCCAUUGAAUGCUGAGGCAGGUGUGGUGGCCAAGGAGGACAGCAUCCCGACCGUCCUUGUGAUGCUUAUGGGCAUUGUGCUGCUUUUCCUUUUCUACCUGCUUCUGUUGCUCAUUGACAACCAGUCCGUGCUGCUGCCUCCUGAGGAUGAGUUUGAUGAGUACGUGGCGAACUUCUUGCCCUAUUUCUUCUUCGGUGAGAAGUCUGUUGUCGUAGCGCUUAUUGGCAGCCUCUGCUUGUGGGCUUUGAGCACGUGCUUCGUGAAUGCCCCGGCCACCGAACGCGAGACGUCGGUGGCCAUGAGGGCUGGGUAUUUCCCGGUCGGCAACGCGAAGCAGACAGCCCCUUAUGGCGAGCGCGAUCCUCUGCCCAAGGGCUAUGGCAUCCGCACGGGGCUUUCGGACCUGUUGAAGCCAUUGAAUGCUGAGGCAGGUGUGGUGGCCAAGGAGGACAGCAUCCCGACCGUCCUUGUGAUGCUUAUGGGCAUUGUGCUGCUUUUCCUUUUCUACCUGCUUCUGUUGCUCAUUGACAACCAGUCCGUGCUGCUGCCUCCUGAGGAUGAGUUUGAUGAGUACGUGGCGAACUUCUUGCCCUAUUUCUUCUUCGGUGAGAAGUCUGUUGUCGUAGCGCUUAUUGGCAGCCUCUGCUUGUGGGCUUUGAGCACGUGCUUCGUGAAUGCCCCGGCCACCGAACGCGAGACGUCGGUGGCCAUGAGGGCAGCCCCUUAUGGCGAGCGCGAUCCUCUGCCCAAGGGCUAUGGCAUCCGCACGGGGCUUUCGGACCUGUUGAAGCCAUUGAAUGCUGAGGCAGGUGUGGUGGCCAAGGACAACGUUUCGCCCCUCCUUGCGAUGCUGCUUUUCAUUCUCUACCUGCUUUUGGUGCUCAUUGACCAGCAGUCCGCGCUGCUGUUUGCUGAGGAUGAGUUUGAUGAGUACGUGGCGAACUUCUUGCCCUAUUUCUUCUUCGGUGAGAAGUCUGUUGUCGUAGCGCUUAUUGGCAGCCUCUGCUUGUGGGCUUUGAGCACGUGCUUCGUGAAUGCCCCGGCCACCGAACGCGAGACGUCGGUGGCCAUGAGGGCUGGGUAUUUCCCGGUCGGCAACGCGAAGCAGACAGCCCCUUAUGGCGAGCGCGAUCCUCUGCCCAAGGGCUAUGGCAUCCGCACGGGGCUUUCGGACCUGUUGAAGCCAUUGAAUGCUGAGGCAGGUGUGGUGGCCAAGGAGGACAGCAUCCCGACCGUCCUUGUGAUGCUUAUGGGCAUUGUGCUGCUUUUCCUUUUCUACCUGCUUCUGUUGCUCAUUGACAACCAGUCCGUGCUGCUGCCUCCCGAGGAUGAGUUUGAUGAGUACGUGGCGAACUUCUUGCCCUAUUUCUUCUUCGGUGAGAAAUAA